AUGUUUGGCCCACGAUGCCAAGUGCCACUGCCGUCAGCCUCCCGGCACCCUUCCGCGCGAAGACUGGGGCCCUUGCCGCUUUUAUGGCGCCUUGCGGUCCUUGCGGUCCUCUUCAUGCUCCUGGAGACGGCCCUCGGCACGGUGUCCUGGGCAAGCCCAAUUUGGAGGGGUAGCGGGGCGAGCGACUCCGCAGUGCUCCUGAACUCCACGUACUCCAAUGCCUUGGGCAGCUGCCAGGUGGUCGUGUGGCCGGAUGGGCGAAUGGAGUUUGAGCUACAUGGUUUCGGCACUGCUGACACCACCGGCAAGAUGCUGCGAGACUGUCGGGCUGCGAUGAAGCGAAUCGAUGGCUCGGUCAACUGCACAGCGCUGGUUGACAUGAGGAUGGGCUUGGGUUGUUCACCCCUAGCAGUGCCAGUGAUCUCUCGUUUCAUGCGGGACGAGGGCCCAAGAAUUCAGUACUCAGCCGUACUUGGGCCCAGACCACUCAUGGCACUGGCCCAGACCAUUGCAACUGCGGUGCAUCAGACGGGCGUCGCCUUCUUCAUACACCGGCAUGAUGCAGAAAAAUGGUGCCAGAUCCCCACGCGGCAGCAGAGGCCGGCAGGAACACUCUUGCCCCUCGCAGCUGAUGACACGCCAAAUGCGUGCUAUGACGACAUCACAGCGGAGGACAAGGCAGAGGCUGACAAGUAUGGCAAGCUUAUGGGAGAGAAGGCCCUGGCCAUCCUCUCCAAGUGA